AUGUACAAUCGAAUAACUUUUCAACCAAAGCGUGGCUCGCGUGCAGCAGUCAAACUAAUGGUUUUGAUCGUAAUAAUUAUCUUUGUUUCUCAAAUGACAAUUCUGUCACAAUCCCUACCAGCUAUACCAAGUAAAAGCAACACAUUCAACAUCUAUCUAGUCACUGGUGGUGCUGGUUUUGUCGGCAGCCAUCUGGUCGAUCGACUGUUACAAAGCAACGCUGCAGUGAUCUUGUUAGAUAACUUCAAUAACUACUAUCCGUCGAAAAUAAAGCGGAACAAUGUGGCUUAUCUCCGUGCUCGUCAUCCAAAUUCGACAUUGAUUGUUAUUCAAGGUAGUAUUACUGAUGCUCAAUUGUUGAAAACGAUUUUCGCCACGUAUGAUAUCACACAUAUUGCACAUCUUGCGGCUUUACCAGGUGUUCGCUCGUCGACAUUGGCCAUGAAUGAUUAUACGGAAACGAAUACUGUAGGAACUCAACUCCUUCUGGAAAUGGCUGCAUCUUCACGUCGAUUACCUUUAUUUGUCUUUACGUCGACGUCGAGCGUUUACGGACAGACAAACAAAAUACCUUUUGUCGAGACAGAUCCAAGUGUUCAACCUAUUUCACCUUAUGCAGCAAGCAAACGAUCAGCGGAACUGUUUGCUCACGUUUAUCAUAAAUUGCACUCUCUCAACGUGACAAUUUUACGACUUUUCAAUGUUUACGGCCCUCGUGGUCGACCUGACAUGAUGCCAUUCAAAUUAAUGAGUGCGUGUUUGGAUCCGUCCCGCACAGUCGAUGUUCAUGACAAUGGUGAAAUGCAACGAGAUUGGACUUAUGUUGAAGACGUCGUGGAUGCGUUAAUCGAGGCUUUGAAACGGCCAUUGGGUUACGAGAUCAUUAACAUCGGAUAUGGAACUCCUAUUAAAUUGAACAGAUUCGUAAAGGAAAUGGAGCAAGUGUCGCAUCGACAUAUUCGUGUGCAAAUGAAGAAAUCGUAUCGAACGGAACCAUCAAUCACUCAUUGCGAUAAUCGUAAAGCGCGUAGAUUGCUGAACUUUUCUCCGAAGACAAAUGUAUCUGAGGGACUUCGAAGGAGUUGGCUCUGGUUUCAACAAGAAUAUGGUGCUAAUCAAGUGAUACCCUAG